GUGUCAGCCUGGAUGAUCCGCAGGUCAUGAUGGCGAUCUCCGCCCUGAACGAAUUGAAAACCGAUUCAGUUUCUUCCCCUCCCAACCGUAAUGCGCCACUGCGUCGUAGGAUGACGGACCAGAACCAAGAACCCGAGCCUCUCUUGUCGCUAAUAACUACAGCCCAUCCCAUUAUCGAAAGCACGGUACAGCGAUCUUCUCACCUCUAUACAAAGACUAAGAACUUCUCUCCCCGCAUCAGAUCAGGCCUCGAAUACGUCGAGGGCUCGCUAAUACCUGUCGCGGACACGGUGAACAAUGUCGGUCGCAGAACCGGGAUCGAGUCCGGUGUCAGAUGGAUUCUUGGAAAGCGGACCAAAAGUUCCAGUGAUACUCGUGAGAGUGGCCAGAACAAGCGACAUAUGACUUCGAGACCAGUAAACGGUACAGGGGGCGAGGCACGGUUCUCAGAAGCUCCCACUGCUGAUGCAUCCCGCCGGACCUCGGUCAGCACCAUUGAGACGUUGCCCGCCUAUGACGACCAGCGAUCGCCAGCUUACUCUGAGACGGUUGAACAAAAUGGCCAAGCAGUCGAUCCAAAGUCGGCUCUCCAUGCGCAGCUGGGGAACGGACGGGUCCAGGUGACCACGUCCAGUCUCAAGGAGACCAUGAAGGAAGAAAGUUUACGUUCGCUCAAGUAUGUGCUUGAGACGUUGAGGGAUGUGACCAACACGCUCCAGCAGGGCACCAACGAGCUGAGCUCAGUACUUGAUCAGUAUGACAGGUCGACAACCAGGAGGGAUCGUGAAGACCACGUCAUGACCAACGGGUCCGCGCCGGAAGAAGAUCGUACGCGGCUGGUGGAGCGUAUGACUGAACUUCGGAAGAGCAUUUACUCCAACAUCAAGGACGUCUCUUCGGUUGUUGCCAAUUACACUGGCGCUGCUUUGCCCGAAAAUGCCGGCAACCUUGUUCGGCAUCAUCUGCUCAGCCUUCCCAUGGUCUGGAGUCAGGCUAGCAAAACCACUACCUCGAGCGAGCAACCAAACACGCAAGACCCGAAUGCACUUGUACGCAAGGCUGCCAAGGUGGCUCUCUCUUUUAGCAAAGAGGGAUUGCACAUUUUCUCACAGAUCAUGGAGAUCAUUCGUACCGCGACCGAUCACGCGGAAGACUGGAGGAACAAGAAGAUGAACCAAAUGACCCCUGCGAACGGCACAGAGCAGGAGAUUCGACCUUUGAUUGACCAACCUCUUCCCCAGGUUGCUACCAUCAACGGUGAUAUUCCCAUGAGGUAGAGACUCUUGUGAUUUGUGAGGAAACCGCAGCGAGCACCUAUCGUUUCAAAAAAUUGUUUGUUAUAAAAAAGAAGGAUAGCUUCGGCGGUCAGGGGUUUCGGCGAUUGAAAACUCAUGUUAUGACUAGAGCUUUUUGGUUGACGUAAAGAGCUGGGCUUGGAUAAUUGGUUGGGAUUCGAAAGAGACUUAUGCCAAGUCUCGGGACAUUAACAGUUAUAUACCACUUUUCUUUUCGUUUGUUUUAUUAGUUGAUCACAUCUGGGGUGCCGACAAGUUCUGGCGUCUGGGAGUACUCUCCACACCACAUUACCCUUGCCGGGACGGCGUUCUUGGUCUAUGUACAUAGUUCAUUUGUCCAAAGCACCACUUCUGACUGUUUGUCGACGUUUCCAUUUUCGAUCUUGAUCAAUUCAAAAGCAGGCAGCUGAAAUUGAAACUAUCACAGCAGCUCACUGGUUUCUUAUCUU